UUCAGGAUUCCGAUUAUUCCUAGUUCUUGUUUUAAUAAUUUAAAUGCCAAAUUUGCCGCCAGGUGGCAGUGAUCCAACCUUGAUUUUCCUGUCAACAAUCAAAACAAAGAAAGCAGCUGUAAAGUUGGGAGGGCAAUACGCAGCACCUCGUCAUUCUAAAAAUAUAUUCAGUCAAGUCUGUGUGUGUUUGCCCAACUGCACAUUUUUACAUUGCUAGUGAAAAAGAUGGAUCUCACCAAAUGGACUGUCUUGAGUCUAUUGGACAACAAGUUUCUCCGUAAUUUAAAAAUGGCUGUCAUAUUUGGAAACAUGGGAAGUGAAGUCAUAAUGGUCACAGUUGAUGAUGAUGUGUAUGCCAUGGGAUGCAAUUCGUCAGGUUGUCUGGGUCUUGGUGAUACUGCAAGUGCACUGCAACCCAGAAAAAUAGAAAGUUUGUGCAAAAAGAAAAUCAAAGGUUUGGCAUAUGGAUCUGGUCUUCAUUUGCUAGCAUUCUCUGAUUCCGGGGAGUUGUACACAUGGGGUUACAAUACCUAUUCACAACUAGGAAAUGGAAACACCAACCACACUUUGACACCAUCUUUAGUGAGCGGAGUUCUAGCAGGAAAAACUGUGAUUCAAGUGGGGUGCGGGAAUCACCACUGCUUGGCUUUAACGAGUGAAGGAGAAGUUUUUGCUUGGGGCCAAAAUAACGGGGGGCAAUGCGGAUCUGGGACUACCACGGGGCAGAGUGUUCCCCGAAGAGUAACUUCCGGAAUUGGAGGACAUAAAGUGGUGGCUAUUGCUUGCGGACAGCUUACAUCAAUGGCUCUAUUGGAUGAUGGUGAUCUUUAUGGUUGGGGUUACAACGGGAACGGUGAAUUGGGUAUUGGAAAUAAUAACAAUCAACACAAUCCAGUUCGCGUUAGCAACCUUCACAAAGUCUUCAUCACUCAGAUUGUUUGUGGAUUUGCUCAUUGUCUUGCCUUAACCGAUCAAGGAGAAUUGUACGCAUGGGGAGCCAAUUCUUAUGGACAACUGGGCACCGGAUACAAAACGCAUCACCUUUCUCCUGUGAUAGUUGCCCCUGAGCUGGGAAAGGCAGUCGAAAUUGCCGCUUGCCAUUUAUCUCAUAUCUCCGCAGCAAUGUUUCACGAUGGCAAAAUCUUCAUGUGGGGCCAUUGCCGAGGUCACAGCAUCUUUUCUCCAUCUCCUACUCCGUAUACGCAUCUGGAUGAAGUCUUUGCUUGCUAUAGUACUCCUUCCGUAACAUGGAGAACGCUGCAAUUUCGUGCUCGACAAGAUACACCUUUAGCCGAAACACUUCGGUUAGCCUUCAACGAUGAGAACACAGGAGAUAUAUGCUUUAAAGUAGGUGGGAAUUCCAUUUGGGUGCAUAAAGCCAUAUUAAGAAUUCGUUGCCAAUAUUAUCGAGCCAUGUUUCAACACAACACAUGGGCCGAAGCUGAACAAGAAACAGUGGAAAUUGAACAGUUCUCUUAUCCAGUUUACUAUUGCUUCCUCAGAUAUUUAUAUACUGAUGAAGUCGAUCUCCCUGUGGAAGAAGCAUUAGGAUUGCUCGAUUUGGCCAAUGCUUAUUGUGAAACGGAAUUAAAGUCACGGUGCCAACACUUGAUCCGCCAGAGCGUUAACACAGAGAACGUGGCUGUUCUAUUUGCGACUGGCUUGAAGUACGAGGCACAGUUUCUUAGGACCUUGAAGAGUACUGUUUACGAUUCGCUGUCCAUCAUCUAACGGCUGUCGUCCAAACGGAAACGUUUUCCAAACUCGAAGAGGCUACACUGAAACACUUCAUAUCACGUGUGGCUCGCAUGGGCGCAUUUCGCUACUGACACCGCCACCAAAUCCUUUAUAUAAUGGCAGUUUAUCUACUUGAAUUGUGAAUGAGAGUUCGUGUGAUACAGUUUGUGUUGAUUUUCUCUAUAUUAUAGCGUUCCUCAUUUACGUCGAAUUUAAUAAUGAGCCACGAGUAACUCUCAACUGUGGCUCACUUUUAAUUAUGAUGUUUCUGUGAAACAAAAAAGUUUAUGUGAUAAACUGUGUAAUGCGAGAAUAAGUGAUAUUUCGGAUUGAAUUAAAGGUUUUCGUAUAAAG